UUGGAUUCAAAAUCUUUAAACCAGCCCUUCGGGGCCGGUGAUAAAGAGAAACGGCCGAAGACACUCCUGGUCCAUCCUUACACAGAGGCGAAAGAAAACAAGAAACCAAAGAAAUAUUUAUUAGAAACACCAACCAAUUUGAAAAGAAAAACACCUCUUCUGGAGUUACCCAAAGAUUUGAAUAAAAAACCACGGCUUUAUAACGAAGAAAAUGAUACAAAUUCUAUCAAGGAUUGUGAGGAAAUUGGUACUGAUGAAGUGAGUUCCAGUCAAAUGAUUGAUUCUUCGAUUCAGACGAAGGCAGACUGUAAAUCCUGUCAUCACUGCUGCUGUUCAAGCCAGCCUGUUAAAGUGCUGCUAGCUCCUAUGAUGCCUCAAAUGUUUCCAGUCCAAGGAACACCUUUUAUAAUGAAACCUGCUGUUGAAAAGGUUAGUGCUGUUAAUUUAGGAUAUUAA